AUGCGAAGGGCAGCAUUUGUCAGUGCACUUAAAGAUCACUUCUGGGAAGCAGAAGGAACUGAAGUAUCUCAACAGGCAGUUUUAGAGGUGCUGCACUUGGAUCAAACACAGAAGGUCCAAGCCACAAAUGCUACGAAGGAAGCCUUUCCUAACUGCCUGGUUGCUCGUACCCGUAAGUCUGACGGAAAGCAAAAGGUGACAGUGUACAAGAAUGUGGCCAAAAAAAAAUCGUUUACAUUGUCAGUGGAAGAGCCAUCUUUGUCAUUGGAUGAGACAUCCGAAAUCGCAAAUAUUAAACGGCUGAUUGCAAAUGCUUCUACAGAAAUUGAGUCCAUUAUUCAGCGCUUUAACAUUCAGUUAACAGCUGAAAAUAUUCAAAGAGAUGUUGUGCGUGCUUUGGUUGAAAUGCAAAGCAAGUUGCAGAGUAGGAUUCAAGAACUUUCAGGUACCUUGGAACAUCUGUAUGAAAGGGAAGUUCAGAGACUCUUACAAAGCCAGUCUCAAUGUGAUGUGCUUUGUGCAAAUGACAGAGCUGAACUCAUUAAGGAAAUGGACACAUUUAUCAGCUUUCUCAACAUUGGACUUGAGACACAGGAUUUGUCAGAAGUUGAUGUGAGUGGAGUAUUUAGCACACUACCUGUGAAUACAAGGGAGCAGUGCCCCCUCCUUUUUAUUGUUUUGGACACCCUGGUACUUCACAAAACUGAUGGAAGGGAGGUGUCAGAGAUGCGAGUACGUAGUGCUGUUCAUUCUCUAGCUGUAUUGGUCAGCUUGAAAAGUCAGAAAAUUCAAAAUGAUUUUAAAAUCUUGUUUACUUGUCUGUGUAUAUCCUUUGGAGCUGGUAUGCGAUUUAUUGGAAAGCUGAAUCAUCUUGGUUUAACUGUUAGCUGGGAGAAGGCAAUGAAGUUUUUUGAUGGCCGCAAAGCUAAGAAACAAGAAGAAAUUUCUAAACAAACUCCCACAGAUUCUCCAGUAAUCUUAAUGUUUGAUAAUAUCAACAUGUACAGAGGAAAGCACAAACACUUGCGGCUAUUUAAGUACAUUGGCCCUAUGAUGUGGAACUUUACAGGUCAAGCUGUACUGAUUCCAAAUGUAGAGGGUUUAGAAAACAUCCUCCAAGACAAAGAUGCUUAA